UGGUGCAAUUAGUGAAGGAAUAUGGAGAUAAAAAAUGGUCUCACAUUGCUCAGAUGUUGAAUGGGAGAAUGGGGAAACAAUGUAGGGAGAGAUGGCAUAACCAUUUAAGGCCAGACAUUAAGAAAGAUAUAUGGAGUGAGGAAGAGGAGAUGAAGCUAAUUGAGGUCCAUAGACAACUAGGUAACAAGUGGGCAGCCAUUGCAAGGGAAAUGCCAGGCAGGACUGAAAACACCAUAAAAAACCAUUGGAAUGCAACAAAAAGGCGGCAAAUUAGCAAGCGUAAACGUCAGUACAGCUCUCUCUUGCAGGACUACAUUAAGAGCUUGCCUUCAGAUUCAACUGUCACUGAUGGUCAAGAAAGCCUAUCAUCCGAUUCCAUCUUGCGAAUCAUUGAUAAUACCGACUUGGAAGAAGACAAUAAAGAUCAAAAAGACCCAACUUCUCAUUCGGAUAAGGCAGUGGAUUAUCAAAUUUAUGAGAAAAUGGCUGUUGAAGAAGAUGAUUUUGGAUCGAUGCACAAUGAGAGCUAUAAAGUAAAGUUGGAGAUGGAGAUGGAGAUGAUGCCAGCUGAGUUAAUGGAUAAGGAGAUGAGCUUUGAUGUUAAUAAUAAGGAUAUGGACUUGCUGGAGAUGCACUGUCAAGGAAUCUUCUGAGCUAGCUGCUAAGUAGUGUUUGGAUGUGUUUUAUUUA